AGCCAACGAGUCGCAAUUGACAUUGGACAACCCAGCAAUCAUGGACAAUCUCAACGCAAUUGCCCCAGAUAAUGCUGCGAACGCAUUCAGCGCCCACACCAGCGCUCUCUCCCAGCGUUACCAAACCCUUCUCGACACCGUCACCCCCUUCACCGUCCAACGAUGGGCGUUCACCGUCGGUGUAAUCUUCCUCUUCAUGCUCCGCAUCUUCUUCGCACAGGGCUGGUACAUCGUCUGCUACGCCCUCGGAAUCUACCUCCUCAACCUCUUCCUCGCAUUCUUGACUCCUAAAUUCGAUCCCUCCCUUGAACAAGAAAUGCAGGAUGAAGAGACCGAAGAAGGAACCCUGCCGACUAAGGCCGGACAGGAGUUCAGGCCCUUUAUUAGGCGGUUGCCGGAGUUUAAGUUUUGGCAUUCGGCUACGAGGGCGAGUUUGUUUUCUUUGGUUGCGUCGUUUUUCGCGAUCUUUGAUGUUCCCGUUUUCUGGCCUAUUCUUUUGUUCUACUUCAUCAUCUUGUUCUUCCUUACCAUGAGGAGGCAGUUGGAGCACAUGCGCAAGUACAGAUACGUUCCUUUCGAUUUGCCCUGGAGGAAGAGGCAUGCAUCAAAAUAA